UAAGUUUGCCACACACUACCUGAUCAUUUCUGCCAGCGCCUCACCGGACUCCUGCUUUUUUGUUCUUGACCUUUCAGCCUCGUUGCCUCCUGACGUUCCACUGACGUUUUUCUGGGAAAAACACAAACAUUCACCAUGCAGUCCUGUGCUAGGUGUGGGUUUGUGGUCUAUCCAGCUGAGAAGAUCAACUGUAUUGACCAGAACUGGCACAAAGCAUGCUUUCACUGCGACGUCUGCAAGAUGGUGCUCACCGCCAACAACUUUGUCAGCCACAAGAAAAGGCCGUACUGCUCCGUACACAAUCCGAGGAACAACUCCUUCACAAGUGUCUACGAGACCCCCGUCAACAUCAACGCAAAGAAGCAAAGCGAGGCGAGCAGUGAGCUGAAGUAUCGUGAAGAUGGCGAGCGCUUCAUGUCCACCUUCCACUACGACAUGAAGUCCAUGGAGCUGGAGAAGGCGCGUCUAGCCAGUCAGAUGUCCGGACAGGCCUGUCAGUCUCAGGCUGCCUUCUCCCAGCAGCAGAGCUGGUACUCAGGCACAGUGACCAACCAGGAGGUAGUAACAAUGUCUCAGGCCCAGAAGACGCUCAGCGACGUGAAGUUCACAGAGGAAUACGAGCAGUCAAAGGGAAAGGGCAGCUUCCCUGCCAUGAUCACGCCUGGCUAUCAAGCUGCUAAGUCUGCCAAUGCUUUGGCCAGUAAUGUGGAAUAUAAAAAAGGACACGAGGAAAGAGUUUCAAAGUACACAGCAUUCGUUGACCCUCCAGAGGUGCUUCUAGCCAAAAAACAGGGACAAAUUGUUAGCGAUUACGCCUAUACAGAAGAGUUUGAGCAGCAGAGAGGCAAAGGUAGUUUCCCUGCACAUCUUACGCCUGGAUACAAGAUGUCAAAGAAGGCCACUGAGCUGGCCAGUGAUAUUAAAUAUCGUCAGAUGUAUGAGCAGGAGUUGAAGGGAAAGGCGAGCACCGAGGCCGCGAUCACUGAAUCCAUUCACGCACGAGAAAACGCAGAGAACUUCAGCCAGAUCGCCUAUACUGAAGAGUAUGAGCAGCAACGGGGCAAAGGAAGCUUCCCAGCAAUGAUCACUCCUGGGUAUUAUUUGGCAAAGAAGGCACAAGAAAAUGCAAGUGAUCUAAAAUACAGAAAGGACUUAAACAAGAUGAAAGGCACGUCCCACUACCACAGCCUGACAUCUGAGGACAAUCUGAGCCUGCAGAACGCCCGGAAGAUCAACAAGCUUGUCAGCGAGGUGGAGUAUAAAAAGGACCUGGAGAACACCAAAGGUCACAGCAUCAAUUUCUGUGACACACCACAGUUUCAAAAUGCUGCAAAAGUCGCUAAAUUCACAAGUGAUAACAAAUACAAAGAGAAGUACAUCAGUGAUAUGAAGGGCCACUAUGAAGACUCUGGGAUCGAUAAGAAGACCAUGCAUGCCAUGAAAGCGCGGAAGCUGGCGAGUGAUAUCACUUAUAAACAAGGUCACGAACAGGAGCAGAGUGAGAACCGCUACCAAGCCACCCUCACGCCAGGCUACCAGAGUCAGAGGAAACUGGAUCCACUCAAAGAUAAGAACUACAGGCAGCACAUCGACCAGGUCAAGUACAGUGCAGUGACCGACACGCCUGAGAUUGUUCUCGCCAGGAAAAACGCUCAGCUUGUCAGCAACCUAAAUUACAAAGCAGACUAUGAAAAGACCAAGCAUCAGUACACGCUCUCCGAAGACCUUCCCCAAAUCAAAAAGGCCAAAGCCAACGCUGCGCUGUGCAGCGACAUUAAAUACAAAGAGGAGUGGGAGAAGACCAAGUCUAAAGCCUGCGACAUCGGCGUGGACGACCUGAGCGUCCGGGCAGCGAAGGCGUCACGAGACCUCGCCAGCGACAUCAAAUACAAAGAGGCCUACGCGAAGAACAAGGAGAAGUCAGUGGGGGUCAAUGUGAGCGACUCCAAGACUCUGCACUCUCUUCAAGUGGCCAAGAUGAGCAGCGAUAUCGAGUACAAGAAAGGCUCGAAGGAGAGCCAGGCCCAGUACAACCUCCCUCUGGACAUGAUCAACUUGAGCCACGCCAAGAAGGCCCAGGCCCUCGCCAGCGACCUGGAGUACCGCACCAAGCUCCACGACUACACCGUCAUGGCCGACGACAUCAAGGUUCAGCAGGCCAAAAAGGCGUACUCCCUUCAAAGCGAGAACCAGUAUCGCUCCGACCUGAACUGGAUGAAAGGCGUGGGCUGGGAGACUGAAGGCAGUCUGAACAUCACACAGGCCAAGAAAGCUGGGGAGCUGCUAAGUGAUACUAAAUACCGUCAGAAGGCAGAUAGCAUCAAAUUCACCCAGGUGGCAGAUGAUCUGUCCAUCAAACACGCCCAAAAGAGCCAGGAGCUCCAGAGCGACCUGGCGUACAAAGCAAACACAGAGCACGACAUGCACCAGUACACCAUCACCAAGGAUGAGCCUCUGUUCAGGCAGGCCAGGGCCAAUGCCGACCUCCUCAGCGGGAAAGUGUACAAGAGCAGCUGGGAGAAGCAGAGGGAGAAGGGCUUCGAGCUGCGGCUGGACUCUCUGUCCAUACUCAAUGCCAAAGCCAAGAGAGACCUGGCCAGUGAUGUCAAAUACAAGGAGAAUUACCAGAAAAACAAAGGCAAGGUUAUCGGCAUCAAGUCGGUAAGUGACGACUCUCAGAUGGCUCAUUCAGCGCUGGCCACCAAACUACAGAGUGACCGCCACUACAGGAAAAACUAUGAGGACACAAAGACCAACUACAGCGUUUCUCUGGACAUGCUGAACAUCAGCCAUGCCAAGAAAGCUCAAGACCUGGCGACGGAGACCAACUACAGGACCGUCCUGCACGAGUACACGACGCUGCCCACGGACGCCAGCGUGGCCUGGGCGAAGCAGGCCUACGGGUUACAGAGCGAUAAACAGUACAGGUCGGAUCUGAACUGGAUGAAGGGCGUCGGCUGGGAAGCCUCAAAAUCCCUGGAUGUGCAGCAGGCGAAGAAGGCUGGAGAUCUCGUCAGCGAGAAAAAGUACCGUCAGGAUGUGAGUGCUCUAAAGUUUACCAGCGUUGAGGACACGCCGGAGAUGGUUCAAGCCAAACUCAGCAACAAACUGGCCAUUGAUAGGUUGUACAAGGAGAAGGGUGAAAACAUGAAGCACAACUACACAGUAAGCAGAGAGCUGCCGGAGCUGGUGCAGGCCAAGGUCAACGCCAUGAACCUCAGCGAGAGCCAUUACAAGGAAUCCUGGACUAAACUACGUGACGGAGGCUACAAGCUGAGCCUGGAUGCUAUUCCCUUCCAGUCCGCCAAAGCGUCCGCAGAGAUCCUCAGUGAUCAAAAGUAUAAAGAAGACUUUGAGAAGACUAAAGGGAAGAUGAUUGGACUGAGGGGGCUGCAGGACGACCUAAACAUCGCACACUCGGUUCACGCCAGCAGGCUGCAAAGCGAUAUCAAGUACAAGCAAGACUCGGCGAAGGAGCUGUCGAAGUUCCACCUUCCCAUGGACAUGCUGGAGGUGUCGCACGCCAAAAAGGCCCAGUCGCUGGUCAGCGAUCAGGACUACAGGCUGACCCUGCACCAGUACACGUCGCUGCCCGACGACAUGAAGGUGCAGGCGGCCAAGAAGGCGUACGCUCUGCAGAGUGAGAAACUGUAUCGCUCGGACCUGAACUACCUGCGUGGCGCCGCCUGGAUCGCCACCGGGGCCCUGCAGAUCGAAGGCUCCAAGAAGGCCACGGACCUCAUCAGUGACAAAAAGUACCGCCAGCAGCCGUACCACUUCAAGCACACGUCCGUCACCGACUCUCCCGAUAUCAUCCACGCCAAAGUCAGCGGGCAGAUUACAAAUGAGCGCUUGUACAAAGAAAAGGGAGUGAAUGAUCAACACAACUACACAAUAACAAGCGAGAGACCGGAGAUUACACAAGCAAAGAUCAAUGCAGCCAACUUCAGUGAGAUAAAGUAUAAGGAAUCCUGGCACACUCUGAGGGCACAGGGAUACAAGCUCACUAUGCAGGACAUCCCCUUCCAGGCUGCCAAAACCUCCACAGGCAUCGCUAGUGAUUACAUGUACAAACACAACCACCUGUUGGAUAAAGGGAAACACAUCGGCGUCAAAAGCGUCCUGGACGACCCGCACCUCCUGCACUGCCUGCAGGCGGGCCGGCUGGCCAGCGACCAGGAGUACCGCAGGAGCGCGCUGAGCGCCAGCGGCCGGUACCGCCUCACGCCCGACAUGAUCCACCUGGUGACGGCCAAGAACGCCCAGGCCCUGGCCAGCGAGCAGGACUACAGGAAGAGGCUGCACGAGUACACGGCGCUGCCGGACGACAUGAAGGUCGCGUGGGCCAAGAAGGCGUACGACCUGCAGAGCGAGAAACUGUACAAGUCCGACCUUAGGUUCAUGAAAGGAGUGGCCUGGGACGGAGUGGGGGCGCCUCAGCUGGAGUCAGCCAAGAAGGCUGGGGAGCUCAUAAGUGACAAGAAGUAUCGUCAGCUGCCGGACAGACUGAAGUUCACCUCAGUGGCCGACUCUCCCGACAUCAUCCACGCUAAGACGAGCUAUCAGCAGUGCAGCGAGAGGCUGUACAAGUCUGGGAAGAACGACGACAUGCACAAGUACACGUUACAUCCGGACGAUCCGGACUUUGUCAGAGCCAAGAUCAACGCCCAGCAGAUCAGCGACAAAGUUUACAAGGCGUCUGGGGAGCAGGUGAAGACGUCGGGCUUCGACUUGAGGCUGGACGCUAUUCCCUUCCAGACGGCCAAAGUCUCCAGGGAAAUUGCCAGCGAUUUCCACUAUAAGGAGUCCCACCUGAAGGAGAAGGGCAAGCAGGUGGGCCUGCGCUGCGUGGAGGACGAUCCCAAGAUGGUGCACUCGCUGGCCGCCAGCAAACUCCAGAGCAACCUGGAGUACAAGCGCCAGUCCAAGCAGGAGCGCGGCAACUACAAGAUCCACGCCGACCAGCCCGAGUUCCAGCAGGCCAAGAGGAGCCAGGCUCAGGCCAGCGACCUCACGUACCGCCGCAAGCUCCACGACUACACCUGUGACCCCCAACAGCUCGACGUCAAGCACGCCAAGCAGGCCUACAAGCUGCAGAGCGACGUGAACUACAAGUCAGACCUGAACUGGAUCAAAGGAGUGGGCUGGACCCCUCCUGGCUCCCAUAAGGCCGAGCUCGCCCGCCGGGCAGCCGAGCUGGGGCUGGCUGAGGGCGUUAGCGCCGACGAAGCUAUCGCUAAGUACCAGCACAUGAUGAUGCUGUAUCACCAGCAGCAGAUGGAGCAGCAGCAGCAGCAGCAGCAGCAGCAGCAGCAGGCCUUCGAAGAGGUGGAAGCCUGUAAAGAGAUCCAACGAGGUGUCAACAUGGACGCCAUGGAGGUGCUGCACGUCAAGAGGAAGAAGACCAUCCAGACGGUGCAGAAGAAAGCCACCAGCUCAACGACCUCGUUCAGGUCCAUGGAGAAGAAGUCCAGCACUACCUCGUCUUCCUCGUCAGCUGGUCUCCAAAGCACAGUGAGAACAUCUACUAAAGCAAUAGAAGACGCGUAAAUGGGAUUGGGUUGUAGAGAUAGAUCAUGUUCAAGGCGGCGUCUUUAUUGUCUAUCUGUUGUGACUGUAGUUCCAUGAGAUGCCAGAGCAGCUAUGAACUGUAGUUUAGAUGAUUACGAAGGGGAUGAAGCAUGUGGAAUUAAGAAAGGACUUGUCACGUUGAUUAAAAGGACGAAUUCAGGUGGUGAAAAAAGGAAAGUGUACGAAUCCAAAGUAACAAAACACAGCUGACGAAACUGAGUUUGCAUUUCCUUUUUGUAUAUUAAGAGCGAGGGUGUUCAGGGGACAGGGAGCUUCAGAGGGCUUUUUAAAUCGUUUUUUAAAUUUUGAGAAUCCUGCCGCAGCUUUGAGGUCUGACGCUGCUGUGCGCUCCGAGCUAGGCUCAGAAAGACGGAUCGACCUACUGAGACGAUGCGUAGCCUUCAUUUUGUCUGACAGGUUCAGCCUUGUGAGUUUGUAACUGUAACUCAAAGCUGGGUUUGCUUUGAUCGCUGAGAAAUAAACAAACCAGGCCCA